AACUUCUUACAACAACUUAGUGUACAGGAUCCGUACCCACCCUGCAGCAUAGAAAGAAGUCUAUGUCUUUGCAUAGAGAAGGUCCUGGCAGAGAUAGACAAAGUAGUUGCACAGAGACGACAGCCCUCCAUAGCAGACAGACCCAACAUGCCCUACACUGAUGCUGUAAUCCAUUAAGUCCUAAGGAUGGGGAACAUUGUACCCUUGAACCUACCCAGGAUCGCUUCUACUGACAUAACCAUAGGAGGGUAUAUUUUCUUGUGUCACAAACAUUUUGACAUGUAUCUGAAAAUUUGUGGACAGACCUAUUUAGAAAUGUAUGAGUCCAGUAUCUUAGUGCUGUUUGACAGAAGGGAGAGGGCAACACCAGAUACAUUCAAUCUAGGACACUUUCUAAAAUAUGGGAAGUUUAUAAGAAGAGCUGCAUUCAUGCCAUUCUCAGCUGGUAUUUAUUUGAUUUUAAUGUGAAUAUCUAUGUAUUUCAUGAAGUGUUGUGAAAUAAUUUGUGUACAUAUCUGAAAGGCAGAAUUAGGCACAGUGGUAAGCAUGGUUUUGUCGGAGUACUGGGUCAUUGGGUUCAAUUUCUGGGAUCCUAUCAGUGUAGAGUUUGUAUGUUUUCUGUGUUCACGUGGGUUUCUGCCCACAAUGUAAAGACCUACAGUUAGGAAGGUUAAUUGGCUUCUGGGCAAAAUUGGC